AUGACGAGGAAUAAAGAAAAUUCGUCACCCUUAGAAUCAAAUCAAGCUCAAGGUAAAAAUAAGCCAAAAAAGAGGAAGAUAGCUGAAACCUCUAAUGUUAUCACAGAAACACUGCCAUCUGCAGAAUCGGAGCCUGUUGAAAUUGAGGUUGAGAUUGCUGAAGGAACGAUUGAAGUGGAAGAUGACAGCAUUGAAACACUUGAAGAAGUAGCUUCUGCAGAGCAAUCCAUAAAGUACAUACAGACAACGGGUACAUCAGACGAAUCUGCUUUGGCUCUUUUGGCAGAUAUCACCAGCAAGUAUCGUCAGGGAGAGAGAAAAUGCCAGAUCCAAGAAGAAGGUGAUAGUGCAACUGAUCCCUCGUGCAAACAGGAACACAUGAAAACACACUCUACUGAGAGUUACAAGUGUGACAUAUGCAAUAAAAGAUACCUACGAGAGAGUGCUCUGAAACAGCACCUCACCUGUUACCAUCUUGAUGAAGGUGGUGCCAGCAAGAAGCAAAGACCUGGCAAAAAAAUACAUAUAUGCCAGUACUGUGAUAAACAGUUUGACCACUUUGGACAUUUUAAAGAGCACCUCCGGAAGCACACAGGUGAAAAACCAUUCGAAUGUCCGAACUGCCAUGAACGUUUUGCUAGGAAUAGUACGCUCAAAUGUCACCUGACAGCCUGUCAGUCUGGAGCUGGAGCUAAAAAGGGAAGAAAGAAGCUGUACGAAUGUCAGGUUUGUAACAGUGUGUUUAACAGCUGGGAUCAAUUCAAAGAUCACUUGGUAAUACACACCGGUGACAAGCCCAACCACUGUACCUUAUGUGAUUUGUGGUUUAUGCAAGGCAGCGAGCUGAGAAGGCAUCUCAAAGACACGCACAAUAUUUCAGAACGAAUUGUGACAGAAGAGGUUCUUCCAGUGGAAGCUGAACCAGUAACAUCAAUGACUAUAAUAGAACAAGUGGAGCAAGUCCAUGUCCUACCAGUAAUUCAGGUACAAGUGGAUCCUGCACAGGUCACUGUGGAACAGAUGCACCAGGAUCUGAUACAGGACAAUCAAGUGAAAGGCACACAGAUAGAUGAACUGCAAGAGCAGGUGCAGAUCAGUUACUUGGAAGUUGAACACAUUCAGACUGAACAAGGUGCUGAAGUUCACGUGGAGCAGUUACAUGUUGAGCAUGUAAAUCAAAUACAGAUGGAAGAAGUACAGGCAGAACUUAUAGAUGGAACAGACCUGGAACAAGUAGAAUAUGAAAGUGUUGAUCAAGGAGAAUCAGAAGAAAAGGAACCUAAUCAAGUAGGUGAUGGAGAUAAGGAAGAUCAUGAACAAGCUGAAGACUUAAAAACUCAACAGUUAGUGGACAUGCAGAAUGAAAAGCAGGAUGACUAG